UCGGGAGCGGUCUUGUGUUCCCUGUCGAAUAGUGUUUUGCCUCCUGUUAAAAUGCAUAGCGCCCCUAUCUGUAGAGAUGCUCCCUAACAAAAACAUCAUAAACGUUCUUAAUGAUAUCAAACUAUUUGGAGCGCCGUGUUCUCUGACAGUGGUAUCAUCUUGGGACAACACAUUGGAAAUCCAGGUACCUCCAGAGCUCCACUUGGGAUUUUGCCUCGGAACGAGAAAAACUUCCACAGUUCUGCAGUUAGCACCAGAUAACGUUACCGAGGACAGUGGAGAGGAGGCGGAGGAGGAAGAGGGAAAAGAGCGUGGAAGAUCUGAAAACAACCUAAGCAUGGAAUCCUUAGCUCUCCAAAGAGGCAAGAGAAAGUGUCAGAAACCUCAGUAUGACACGGACAAAAUUAUUGACCUGUCUGUGCAACAGCCUCCACAAGAUAAGGCACAGAAAAAAACUGCAAAUGCCAAGAUGCAUGAAAAAGUGCUUCCACCUCCGCAUGACCAUCCAGGAACCUCUGCAAAAGAAAAGGCAAGAGAAAACGAAUACUCUUCUUCACAGACACUUCUGCAGGAGGCUAGGCAAACCAUUGAAAGGCAAAAAGCUCUUAUGCUCAAAAAUGACAGGAGAGCUGAGACAGCAAUUAAGAUCUCACCUGUAAAGAAACAAUCUGGACGGAAGAAAGAUGACUCAGAUGAAACUGACCUUUCCUCAUCUAAUGAGUCCUCUGAUUCUGAAGCCGACACAGCAUCAUCUGAGGACAAGAAGCCCAAAAAGUCCGAGUCCAAGCGCAAAACAAAAAAGCUGAAAAAAAUGCGAGUGAAAACCCCUGAUCACUCCAUCCAGCGUUACAACAUGGUGCUGGAGAUGGUGAGGAAUGAUGGCAUCAGCAAAGCGGUAGCCUAUGCAAGGCUUGGAGUAGAUCGGAAUACCAUUGUAUAUCAGGCACCAAUUGCUGAACUUGCAGCUACCAACCACGAGCUGUACAAGACAUUGAGGUCUACUUUUAAAAGAAAGGACAGCCUCAAAAGGUUUGCUGAAACAUGUAAGGGCUUUUGUGAGCAGGAGCCUACAGCUUCAGCUGGAUCCUUGCUGGACAUUUACAAGAAAUAA